CCCCCCGGGAUGGGGCGCGGGGGGGCGGAGCGGCUGGCGGGGGCCCGGACGGAGCCUGGCGCUGGUGGUCGGUGACCUGGGAGCCGAAGACCCCGCUGGACCCGCUGCCGGAGCAGGGAUCUCCCCCGGCCUCAUGGAGAACCUCCACGAACUACAGCACCCGCUGCUGGCCAAGGCCUCCGGGGGCGCCCCGGCGGGGGACACGCGGCGGGAACACCCUGGCUUCUUCGCUCGGCCCGGCUGGAGGUGCCUGCCCCCCGAGCUGCCCCAGCAGCUGCUGGACGCAGGGACCCUGCAGAGGACAGUGGAGCCGCUGGGCAGCCCCGAGCCGGCCCCCCACCCGGGCCCCACAUGGAAGGCCGGGGAGCCCCCCAGCUGGAGGAAGCAGGGUUACUGCGAGACGGCGUUCGGGGAGCCGGCCGAGCGCCCCAAGAAGCUCUGCCUGGAGAAGGACAUUCACACGGUCUGCUGCGAAGUGGGCGACGGGGAGCUGCUGCCUGACUUCGAGAACGACUCGUCGAGCGACAGCGACAGCGACUUCGGCCUGAUGCUGCCACAGGAUCACCUGGGCCUGGCCGUGUUCUCCAUGCUCUGCUGUUUCUGGCCUCUGGGCAUCGCCGCCUUCCACCUCUCCCAGAAGACCAACAAGGCCUCCGCCAAGGGCGAUUUCCCGGGGGCGCGGGCGGCCUCGCGUCGGACCUUCGCGCUGGCCGUGCUCUCCAUCCUGCUCGGCAUCUGCACCUACAUCGGCGCCGUGGUCGCGCUCAUCGCUUACCUGUCCGACAAGGACCCCCCCUAGUACCCUCCCGGGAAUGGGGGGUGGGGGGAAGAAGGCUGCCUGGACUGGGGGCGCCCCCCCGACAGACGGGGGCCGGCUCCUGGACACGCCUGAGCCCAGCGCUGCGGGGAUGGAGGCCAGCGGAGAGAUUUGGACUAGCGGCUCCCUCCCCGCCACCAGAGACAUGGGCCCGGACGCCUGGGUUCACCAGGAGCAGGGUUUGGGAGCCUGAUUCGUGGUGACCGACCGGACCUUCCCCCCUCACACACACUUUCUUCCUUCCUCCUUCAUGCCCCCCCCACUGUGUCCCCAUUUUGUAUGUCCCCCCCACCCGGCCUUCCGCUCAGGGUCACGCUCUGCCCGAGGGGCGUGCCCCAUCCAAUAAAGGCCCCGUGCACUUUG